AUGGAAGCUAGACGUCGAGGCAAGGACUCGAAUCGAAAUGAGGCGGCGGAGAGAAGCGAUGACACUGUAUGUCCCGAUCCUGCCGUCAAAUCUGACUAUUAUGUAGUCGCCCCGAUUGAUUACUGCGGCCCAGUUGGCAGGUCCGUCCGCCACUUCUUCCUCGCUCUAAUUGAGGUUGGACAACCAAUUUUGGUUCUGCUUCAAAGAAAACGAACUCCGCUGAUGACACAAUGCAUGAAAGCGGCCUCGUUUCUCGGCACGGAGGAUUUCUUGGGACUUUGGCUGACCUUUCUCCAACUUUGUGUGAACAGCCAGUUGGCCCGCAUGUACAGUAUUCUCAUGGCCAUCUCUAUGUUUUCUGUUGGUUACUUUAAGGCAAUUUUUCGUCUACCAAGGCCGCGUUUACCCCUCGUCAAGCCACUAGAACUCGCCCAAGACUGGGCCUUACCCUCCAACCACGCCACGAUUGCAUCAUGCUUGCCGAUGUAUGUGUGGAUCUUUAGUUACAUAAAUUCUGCUGCUCUAGGACUUUCUUCAGUACAAGUCGUCGGAAUCUUUAUUGUCAUGUGUUCCUGGUCGCUUUCUGUAAUGUUCAGUCGAAUUUAUAUCGGAAUUCACUCGCCGGCAGAUGUCGUUACGGGUGGAAUUUUAGGAUGUUUUCUUUUGUCUCUCUUUCUUCAAAUCGACAAACAGCUCGAUUCACUUAUUUCUCAAGAAAGCGCUCCCUGGAUCGUCUUUCUUCUCGUCCUUUUUCUCUAUCGCCUUUACCCAACCGUUGAAUCGACGGAUCCGGGCUUGAGUGACGGAAUCGCAGUAUUAGGAGUAGCAUUUGGUCAGAUCCUGGCACGCUCUCUGAGCACUGGGCCUAUUUUACCUGCAGUUUUCGAAGAAGCAACUGCUCUAUCAUCCGCUAGAUCAGUUUUUGUGAAUUGUAUCGUUCGGAUGCUUCUCGCGGGAAUCCUUGCUGGUUCAAGUGAAUUCCUUCUGAAGCCUCUAUUAGUGUCUGCUUUUUCAUCGUUCUAUGAUUUCCUGAGACUGGACUUCUACUCGGGCUCUGCUGAAAGAAAACGAGCUUUCAAAGACCCACAAUUACGAUACGCCAAACAUUUAACUCAAUCCUUCAGAAUUCCACCUAUUCAUCUCGAAGGCUCAAAAGACGAAACUCAGUCUGAAAUUCUGAGUCGACUUGCACACCCUCUUUUCAUGCCAUCUUCAAAAUGGAACAUUGACCUUCCAGUUAAAUUUACGCUCUACAGCAUCUUGAUGUAUUCUGUCGUCGAGAUAUUGCCCCUUGGCCUGGCUUAUAUUCCGAAGCAACUGCUCCAAUGA